AUGGCUUAUGCGGCGACUACACUCAUGAGCCUUCUGGCCCUUAGUGGGCAAGCCGCUGGCGGGCUCACAAGACAAUAUUCUUCCCACCCCAAGAUUGGAAAAAGAGAUGGAGACCUUGUUUCUUUUGCUCAAAGGACUACUGGAGACUCUUCUCUUACUCAAUCUGUUGAAAGCCCUGUGGUCCUGCAGCCCGUCCGCCCUAGCUCCAAGGCAGGGAAAAAGAAGCGUGAUAGCCAAAGCCCGUUCGAUCUGUUAGAAGAGGAUACACUAUACUGGGCUGGUGAAGAUGGCACCAUAGCCGAGCUUUGGCUUGAGAUGGCUGGUAAAAGUGAGGCAUUUGUCGACAUUGAAUACUUUGACGAUCGCAUCGAGUCAAUCAGUUGUCCCCAAGAUGGCGCUGGGAAAAUCACAAUUGACUUUGUCGACGAGAACGACCUUGGCGCCGCCAGCCAGAUUUGGAACUGGGUUUCAGAAGAUCCUGACAACAGCUUCGUGAUUAUGAUCGGGGCUGGUGAUUGCGGCUGGAACACGGAACGAGUCCUUUACUCGGUUCAAGGGCUUGAUUUUGAUAGCGAUACCAAAACUGUCCUGCUUCAGGCGGAUCACAUAUCCUGGAAGCAAGCUAUACACAGCUACGACUUGAACAUCGGUAAAGCCGCGUUGCAUGAAAAUCAGACAUCGUUGGCCCGCCGCGGCUGGUUCGAAGACCUAUUCAACGGCGUGAUCAAUGUCAAUCCUGACUUAUCCGUUCCCUUCAACAUCAACCUCAGCGGCACCAAGCUUCCUUUUGACAUCAAUGGUGUUUCUAUCUCUGGGUCUUGCAGCAAUUGCUCGACUUCAGGGAGCUUCGAUGUCGAGGCUCAAUUCCGUGUUCGGUUGUUUGAGAUCGAGGAGGCUUGGGUUGAGCUCAGUACCCCUGGUGUUAACUCUGUUGCAAUCAUUGACAUCAAUGUUCAAGGGGACUUCACUGACACACUUUUUGAGGGCAGUCUAACCCUCUUUAAGGCAUCACCGGCUGGAAUAUCCAUUCCGAAUAUCCUAACAAUCGGUCCUACCGUCGGAGUCUCCCUGUCUGCUGGCGUCAGUGCCAUCAAAGGUAACGUGACUGUCACUGUUGGCGGUACAUCAACUAUUCCGCCUUCCACCGCUCGGCUAGACUUCCUAAACGAACAAAACACAAAGUCAGAGGGUUGGACUCCUAUCUUUGAGCCUACUCCUUUCAAAGCAGAUGCUUCCGUUCAAGUAACUGCUACCGCAGCUCUCAAUGCCGCAGUAGGGUUGGAGAUAAGUGCUCUCGAAACUGGAUUUGUUGCAGAUCUCGAGGCCAAACUGCCCUACGUAAAUGCCGCUCUCAAGGCCCUUCUAUCAACUACCUGUACUGCCUGCGAAAAGUUCCAAACAGCAGUCGAGGGAAGCAUCAAUAUUGGAAUUUCAGUCGGCGUUGCGCUGAAGCAAAAGAUUGCGGGAUCCCUGACUAACCUUUGGUCACUUCAACUAUGCGAUGCCAAAUUUCCUGUCGUUGAUUUUUGUGAAGCUGUUGGCCCACAGCCUGAAACCUGCUCCGCUUAA